AUGGCUUCAGCAACAGAAUCAACCAAAAUCUUAUGCAUUAUAUGUAAUAAAGGAAAGGGAAUAUUCAAAUGCGAAGGAUGCUCACAGGUCUUUUGUCCAAAACAUUCUAUAGAUCACAGAAAUGAGCUUAGCAAACAGCUUGAAGAAAUUACAGUAACUCAUGAUCUUAUUCAACAAACACUUGUUCAACAAACAGAAGAUCCUCAACAGCAUCCUCUCAUACAAAAAGUUGAUCAAUGGGAGAAAGAAUCUAUUGUCAAGAUUCGGCAGCUAGCUGACAAAGUUAAAAACGAUUUAUGCACAUAUACUACAGAACAUACAACUCUGAUAAAACAUAAAUUGAAGCAGAUAUCUAUAGAACUAAGACAAAGCGGUGAGGACAGUGAUUUCAGUGAAAUCGAUUUACAACGAUGGACGCAAAAAUUAGAAGAAUUACGACAGGAAUUUCUCAGUCCAUCGACUAUCACUCUUCGUGAAAAUUUCACUCCAUAUAUUACAAGCAUUUAUAUAGAUCGACAUAAUGCAUUCGAUGUGUUCGAACGAGUUUAUGGUGCUGCUGAAAUAAAAGAAAAUGGUAAUCUUGCAGUUCAAAGUGACAGAAGUGGUCGUACAGAAAUACGCGGAAGAAAUGAGUAUACCAGCGGAAGGCAUAAAUUGCGAUUUCGAAUUGAGCAAUUCGAUCCAAGUGGAUGGAUCUCUGUUGGAAUAAUUUCAAAAACAGAACCUGUGGGAGAACUAUCAUAUGAAUCUCCGUUUAGUUAUGGUUGGUCAAAUAAAGAUCAAGUUUGGAUUGCUGGUCAGUGGAGAAGACAGCAAACGAUUCAAAUUCUUCAAAACGAAACUAUUGAAUUGCUAAUUGAUUGUAAUAAAGCAACGAUUGAACUGAAAAAUGAACGAUUAGAACGUACCAAGGAACUAUCUAUUGACCUAACAAAAUGUCCAUUUCCAUGGCAGUUUUAUGUUAAUCUUUAUACUUCAAAUACUCAAGUACGCAUUCUACCAUCUUCCAAUUAA